UGGUUUUUUACGCGAGGCGGACGAUUGUUUGUAAAUCGUAUAAUUUAUUAUACCCGUUCAGUAACUAAAUACUGUUCACAUUUUAAAUAACCGAGACAAAUAAACUUAAUUAGUUCGUCGCAUAUUUAUUAUGGCAAAUAUGCGUUGCGCUAUAACUACUUGCAAAAUUUCAUAUCAUAACAAACCACCGGGUGUUACAUUUCAUUCGUGUCCAACCUCCAGUGAAAUGAGAAACAAAUGGCUUAUAUUACUCAAGAAUAAAUGCACUUUACUUGAUUGGGCCAAAAGUAAAAUAUGUUCAAAACAUUUCGAAAACAAAUAUUUUGACUCUCAAAGAAGACUCAAGGAGAAUGCUGUACCGACAUUGUUCCAAAAACAGAUUAAAGUAAUUAAGGAAGAAUAUGCUGCACAGUCAAGGAUUGAAAGACUGAUAAAUAAACAAAGUCAAUCAGAGCUUACUAUUGGUGUGAAAAGUGCAAUCAGUGAAUUGCAGGAGCCAGAUGAUGUGAAUGCUUACGUAACAGAUGAUUUAAAAUGCAAAGCGGACGCACCUCAAGAAGUCGAACUGUGGCUCCUGGCCAAAAAACAGGACCACUUGAUCACAAGGCUGAUGGAACAAAUUUCCCAGCACAAGAAGCAUGUGGAGGUACUUCAAAAGAAAAUGAAUGAAUCCAGAUCAUCCAAGAAAGAAAUGGAAUCAAAUGUGGAGUCUUUAAAGUACAUUGUAAAAUGCCUUCAAGAAAAACAUGCAACUCUUGAAGAACAAAUAGAAAUUUUGACUGCCGUAGAGUCCAGAUAGCAU